AUGGUUCAAGAGUAUGGGGCGGCUAACAGGAUCAUUAUCGCCGGUCAUUUCAACUUGAACUUCUUGCUCAUGGCUCUGGCAGGACUGAAAGUUAUCGAGUUUGCUGGCCUUGCUCCUGGUCCAUUUGCUGGUCUCAUUCUCGCUGAUAACGGCGCGUCGGUUGGAAAAAAGUCUGUUGCUAUAAACCCCAAGAUUGAGGGCGGAAAGGCGCUCUUGCUGCGCCUUAUUUCCGAAGCGGAUGUGCUCAUCGACCCUUACCGACCUGGUGUUAUGGAACGCCUUGGGCUUGGACCGGACGUAUUCUUAGGCAAAAGUGGACUCAACAAACGGCUUAUCUAUGCUCGUAUGGUUGGUUUUCCGAGAGAAGGACCCCACAAAGACAUGGCUGGUCACGAUAUAAACUAUCUAGCGCUGAGCGGAGUACUAUCUCUACUGCCCGGCCAAGAUAAGCCCCAGCCACCAAUUAAUAUAGUGGCCGAUUUUGCUGGAGGAGGGCUGAGUUGCGCCAUGGGUAUUUUGCUUGCACUCAUUGACCGCGGCAAGACUGGCCGCGGGCAAGUGGUCGAUACCAACAUGGUCUCUGGCACUCGCUAUGUCUCGUCGUUCCCAUUGCUCGGUUUGCUCGUGCCGUCUUCCAGUAUGGCUAUGGGCGAGAGAGGCUCGCGCCUGCUCGAUGGCGGGGCUCCAUUCUACAACGUCUAUACCUGCGGCGACGGGCGUUGGAUUUCGGUUGGCUGUAUCGAACCUGCCUUUUACAAGCUCUUCAUCGAGCAAUUUGUGAACGCGGUCCCCACAGACUUUAGUAUCAGUGGGUGGAGGCCGACAGCGGACGAGCAAUAUAACCAGGACGACUGGCCCAAACUGAAAGAAUAUCUGACCAGAGGGUUUGCAUUCCAGCCCCGCGACUAUUGGGCGAAGCUUUUCCACGGCACCGAUGCUUGUGUUUUACCAGUGCUAUCGACAGAGGAAGCAGCCCAGCUUGAUGCUUCUGCGUCGUCAUUUCCGGUCCCGCACCCACGAAUAAGCGCCGGCCCGGGUCGCUGGGUGGUUCCGGGCGAAGACAGUUUAUACUUGGAAGCGGGCCAACACACAGUAGAGAUUUUGGCGGGCCUUGGCGUAGGAGAGGCGCAAAUGGAGGAGAUGGAGCGGACAGGAGCCAUCAGACGCUUGCCAUUGGACGAUUCCCCAUUUUCUCCAAUGUCCAAACAAUUCACCCUCGAAGAGGUCGCAAAGCACAACAAACCAGGCGACCUUUGGCUCGCUAUCGACGCCAAGGUCUACGAUGUUUCCAAGUUCAUGAACAUGCACCCCGGCGGCCUUAGUGUCCUUCUGGACCCGGAAGUUUCCGGCCAAGACGCAACGGAAGCAUUCUUCAGUCUCCAUCGCGCGGAGGUUUUGGAGCGACCACAGUACAAGCGUCUGCAGAUUGGGGUUAUUGCCGGCGAAGAGAGCACCAUCGUCAGCAGGGUCACGGGCGAGCUCAGCAAGGUCCCCUAUGCCGAACCCACUUGGUUGGUCGAGGGCUACCACAGCCCCUACUUCACCGAGAAUCACCGCCAGUUCCAGAAGGCUGUUCGCAAAUUCGUGGAUGAGGAUCUGUAUCCCGAGGCUCAGAUCAAAGAGGAGGAUGGAACUCGAGUGUCUCAAGAAAUCGUUGACAAAAUGGCCGCGCUCAACAUCAAUGCCAUGCGUUUGGGCCCCGGCAAGCACCUCCACGGCCUCACUCUCAUGAACGGUCUUCUUGUCCUGACCCAAGAACUGACUCGUUGCGGCGCUCGCGGAUACGGCGAUGGUCUUUUAUCUGGAAUGGUCAUUGGUCUCCCGCCUGUUCUGAACUUCGGAAGCGAGGAACUCAAAGCCCGUGUUGUACCGGAAGUGUUCCAAGGAAAAAAAUUCAUCUCGCUGGCCAUCUCUGAGGCACAUGCUGGCUCCGACGUUAUGGGUCUCCAAACCACCGCCGUCAAGAGCGAAGAUGGGAAGGAAUGGAUCAUUAACGGUACCAAAAAGUGGAUCACCAACGGCCAUUUCAGCGACUACUUCACCGUCGGCUGCAAGACGGAAGAUGGCUUCACUGUCAUCCUUGUCGAACGUGGCCCUGGGGUAGAGACGAAGCACAUCAAGACCAGCUACUCCCCUUCCGCUGGUACUGCCUACAUCACCUUCGAUAAUGCUAGGGCCCCCGUCGGCAACACUCUCGGCGAGGAAGGUGGUGGAAUCUUCGUCAUGUUGAGCAACUUCAACCACGAGCGAUGGGUGAUGUGCUGCGGAUCUGCCCGGAGUCAACGAUCAGUUGUGGAGGAGUGUCUCAAAUGGUCCGCACAACGCAAGGCCUUUGGCAAACCUCUCAACUCGAUGGCGGUCAUUCGUUCCAAGAUGGCCGGGAUGAUUUCUCGUGCUGAGAGUGCUCAAGCGUGGUUAGAGUCGAUCACAUACCAGAUGUGCAACAUGUCGUAUAAGCAGCAAGCGGGUAAAUUGGCUGGACAGAUUGCCUUCCUGAAGGCGUACUGCACCUCGUCAGCGCAGGAGACUGCCAGAGACGCUGUCCAGAUAUUUGGCGGACGUGGAAUCACGCGGACAGGCAUGGGUCGGUAUAUCGAACACUAUCACCGGACGGUUGCGUUCGACGCGCUGCUUGGCGGUGCAGAGGACGUUCUGCGUGACUUGGGUGUACGACAGGCGCUGAGGGUGAUGCCGAAGGACUCGCGUCUAUAA